AUGUUGAUCAGGUCUCAACAUAUUUAUUACGCAUCUGAUAAACUGAGACGAAACGCAUUAAAUUCAGUUCAAUACACUGAAUUUUGUCUUUCUAGUUGUAAUUAUGGUUCAAAUGAUUCAAUUCGUAUUGGUAAAACUCUUGUAUCUUUUCUUGGAAGUUAUUUUCCAUAUCUGGAAACAUUGCGUCUUUGGCGACCAGACGAUUUUCCUUGGACAUCGAUUCGACCAGAUUUUCGAAUUGGAUAUCGUUAUCAAAAAUUAACUGAUAAAUGGAGAAAAUCUUUAACAACACAUGAAUCAAUUAUUGAACAUGUUUCCGUCUUUGAAAAUGAUCUUUCUCAAUUAUUUCAACAAUUAAAACGAUUUGCGUUUCUGGAUAUUUCUGGUCGAAUUGAUCGUCAAAAAAUCGGACCUUAUCGUUCUAUGAUUCAAAAACGUUUUCCUAAUAGUCAAUUUGAUAUAACAACAUUAAGAUUUCGUCUUUGGUUUUGA